AGACAGGGGGCGUGGCUCACGUGGCGCGGCGGGACCUCGGGGCGCGCUCUGCACCGCGGUGACAGCGUGCGGUGACAGCUCUGUUCCGUCCCCUCUGCGCAGGGGUUGCCCAGCCCGGCCCUCCCGGCCCCUCUGCUCGGCUGUACCCCGAGGUGAGCCCCGCACCGCACCGAGGGGACCUGGACAGACGGAGGGCACCAGAGCUGUCCCGAGCGGAGCUGUUCCACGGGCGGGUGACAGCAGGACCGGGCACCCCUCAGCUCCCGGUGCCCCGGAGCCGCCAGCAGAGCGACCCAUGGCUGUGCCUCGCCAGGUGCCGGUGACGCUGGAGGAGGUGACGGUGCACUUCUCGGCGGAGGAGUGGGCGCUGCUGGAGGAGUGGCAGCGGGAGCUGCACCGCGAGGUGACGGCGGCGACGGCGCAGCUGUUGGCAUCACUGGGUGAAGAACUGGCGCUUCCCUCUGGCACUGCAGAUGGACCACAAGAUGCAGCCGCAGGGCAGGAGCCGCGAGGACCCCCUGGCAGUGCAUCCCUCUGUGCCCUGGUGCGCCUGGUGAGGGACAUCCCACAGUUCCUCUUCGGCAGCUCCAAUGGUGCAGGGCCACGUGCUGCUGCUGGUGGGGAUACAGCACUGCGACCUGAGUUUCUGGGUGCAGGUGGUGAAGCACAGGCGGCUCUGGAGAAUUCCAAUCUCGAUGUCUUGGAGGGAGCGGCACCGUCGUGGCAUGGCAGCCCCAGCAGCACAGCAGCCAUAGCACCGCGGUGGGUUAAACCAGAAGCGCUGGUUGAGAGCUCCCCGCUGUGGAGCCUGGAGAGGUGCCUGGAGGAGCUGCCGAGGGGGGACCCCCGCUCACCCAGGACCCCCAGCAGCAUUGAGGGGCACCAGGCAGAGCUGGGGGGGCUGUGCUCGCGUGGAGCUGGGAGUGUUGGGCACAGCCCCCUGCAAGGGCUGCUCGACUGCCUGAGGGCCAUCACCAUCCCAACGACACUGUGCCGUUCCCCACUGGGGGCUUCCCGUGGCACAUGGGGGGCUGUGGAGCCAACUGCCUUGAGGAGUGGGGGCCAGAGCCCCUCUGCAGCAGGGAAAGCCCUGGUGACACCACACUUCCACCAAAUGGAGAUCUCAAAGUGGACGAGCAUGAACAUGUCCAUUGGGGACAGUGGGACAGAGGAGCAGAGGGGGCUGGAGAUGAGCCCAGUGCUGGAGGAGGCCCCGCUGCGCAGUCUGCUCCGGUGUCUGAGGGCUGUGGCAGUGCAGGCGCCGUGCCGGGACCCUGCGGGUGCUGCAUUGGCACUGAGUGGUGCUGAGGCAUCACCCCGACAUUGCCCCAAUGCAGGGACCACGGUGAGCCCUGCAGAGAGCCGUGUGCCGGGGGACAGCCGCCCUGAUGGCAGCACGCGGCCGUGUGCCCGUGUCCCCACCAUGGGGACGACCAAGAGACCCUCCUUGGGUGGCACCAAUCGCUCACCCUGCAGCUCCCUCAGCGCGGCCAUGGGGGCACUCGGGGCCACGGCCCCUCUGGGCUCCAGCGCUCAUCUCAGGGCUUGUCCUGGGGGGGUCCCCGCAUCCCCAUGGGAGCGCUGUGGCUGUGGGGGAACCGUGAAGCUGCAGGCGGAGGUGGCACAGCUGUGCACCGUUGUGGCAGAGGAGCUGCACCGACUGCGCCGGGACGUGGGCACGGCACAGCGGGAGGUGUUGGGUGUGCGCAGCCGCUUGGCACGGCUGGAGCAGGGGGCACCAGGCCGGGCACGGGAUGUGGCUGCGCUCAUCUGCAGCCGCCGGCGCCUCCGUGAUGCCAUGCGGCGCCUGGAGGGACGGUGCUGGGCGCUGGAGGGCCGGGCCUGGCGCGGCAGCCAUGCACCGCCCGAGGGCUCUGAUGCUGUCACCAUCCUGCAAACGGUGCUGCCCGCGGUGCUGGGCCUGGCGCUGCCUCACUGUGGGUCCGGAGCAGCCGACAGCUCUGCGGUCCCAUGGGGUUUGGGGCUCUAUGAUAGGGCUGGUGCACUGCUCCCUUACACAGCCCGGGCCGCUGGUGGUCCUCAGCAGGGUCCCCGCUGAGGACGUGCGGCUGUCCCCAGCUCCUCAGGUGGCCGCAGUGAGCUCAUCCUCUCCUGCACCCCCGCCUGGCAUUACGGGACCCCCUGCCCUGCAGUGUGCGUGGAUCCAUGCUGCAAUAAAGUAGGGCUGGUAAAGCUG